AUGGUAAGAAAGAAAGUUGAUACAAGAAUUCGUACAUUAAUCGAAAAUGGAGUUGCAACAAAUCAUCGUAGCUUUUUUGUAAUUGUUGGUGAUAAUGGUAAAGAUCAAGUACCAAAUCUUCAUUACAUUUUAUCAAAAAGUAUUGUAAAAGCAAGACCAUCAGUUUUAUGGUGUUAUAAAGAAGAUUUAGGUUUUUCAAAACAUAAAAAGAAGAAAAUGAAAUUAAAAGAAAAAUCAAAAUCAUCAGGUAUUGAUUCAGUUAAUCAAGAAGAUCCAUUUGAUGUUUUUAUAUCAACAACCAAUAUUAGAUAUAGUUAUUAUUCAGAAUCACACAAGAUAUUGGGUAAUACAUUUGGUAUGUUGGUAUUACAAGAUUUUGAAGCAAUUACACCAAAUCUUUUAGCAAGAACCAUUGAGACUGUUGAAGGUGGUGGUUUAAUUGUAUUGUUAUUGAAAACCAUGGAUAGUUUAAAACAAUUAUAUACAAUGACAAUGGAUGUUCAUACAAGAUUCAGAAGUGAAAAUAGUAAAGGUGAAGUUGUAUGUAGAUUUAAUGAACGUUUCUUAUUAUCAUUGGGUAAAUCUGAACAAUGUUUAGUUAUGGAUGAUGAAUUGAAUAUUUUACCAAUUUCAAGUCAAUCAAGAUCAAUUGAAGCAAAACAACAAAUUUUAGAGACACCAGAACAGGUUGAAUUACGUGAAUUUAAACAACAAGUCAAGGAUACCGAUAUUGCAGGUGCAUUGAUUGAGAAUACCAAGACCAUGGACCAAGCUACAGCAUUACUUACAUUCAUUGAUAGUAUCUCUGAGAAAACUUUAAGAAGUACCGUUACAUUGACCGCAGGUAGAGGUAGAGGUAAAUCUGCAGCAUUGGGUUUAGCAAUUUCAGCAGCUGUUGCAUUUGGUUAUUCAAAUAUUUUCGUAUCAUCACCAACACCAGAGAAUUUGAACACAUUAUUCCAAUUUGUUUUCAAAGGUUUCGAUUCAAUGGAAUAUGUUGAACAUGUAGAUUAUGAAUUGGUUAAAUCUACCAAUCCAGAAUUUCACGAUGCAAUCAUUCGUGUAAACAUCUUUAGAUCUCAUAGACAAACCAUUCAAUAUAUUCAACCACAAGAUUAUCAAAAACUUGGUCAAGCUGAAUUGGUUGUAAUCGAUGAGGCAGCCGCCAUUCCAUUACCAUUGGUAAAGAAUUUAUUAGGCCCAUACUUGGUAUUCAUGUCAUCCACCAUCAAUGGUUAUGAAGGUACUGGUAGAUCAUUAUCAUUGAAAUUGAUUAAACAAUUACGUGAACAAUCAACCGUCGUAUCAAAUUCAAGUAACAAAGCAUUAAACUCAAUCACUGGUAGAAUGUUACGUGAAAUUGAAUUAAAUGAACCAAUUCGUUACAGUGCUAGAGAUCCAAUUGAACGUUGGUUAAAUGAAUUACUCUGUUUAGAUAGUACCAUUGCAAAGAGUUCCCCAACAGGUUGUCCACAUCCAUCAGCUUGUCAAUUGUAUUAUGUUAAUCGUGAUACACUCUUUAGUUAUCAUAAAGCAUCCGAAGCAUUCCUUCAAAAGAUGGUUGGACUUUUCGUAUCAAGUCAUUAUAAAAAUUCACCAAAUGAUCUCUUGUUAAUGUCUGAUGCACCUGAUCAUCAUUUAUUCGUUUUGUUAGGACCAAUCGAUGAAAAUAAUACAACUGGUCUUCCAGAGAUCCUUUGUGCCGUUCAAGUUAGUUUAGAGGGUGAAAUUGCAAAAGAAUCAAUUCUCAAUAGUAUUAAACGUGGUUAUCAAGCAUCUGGUGAUUUAAUUCCAUGGACUUUAACUCAACAAUAUCAAGAUGAAGAUUUCCCACGUCUUUCAGGUGUUAGAAUCGUUCGUAUUGCAACUCAUCCAGAUUAUCAAAAAAUGGGUUAUGGUAGUAAAGCAUUAGAAUUAUUAACUCAAUAUUAUCAAGGUGAAAUUACAAAUCUUGAUGAAGUUAAUCAAGAAGAAGAAGAAGAGGACGAAGAAAAAGUCGAUCAAAAUAAAGGUUCAUCAAAAAUUUCAACAGUUAAAAAAGAUAAUGCAUCAUUAUUAACAGAAGUUAUUAGACCAAAAUCAAAUAUUCCACCAUUAUUAUUUAAACUUUCAGAAAGAAAACCAGAGAAGCUUCAUUAUAUGGGUGUAUCAUAUGGUUUAACUCAACAACUUUAUCAAUUUUGGAGUAAAUCAAAAUAUUUACCAGUUUAUUUACGUUUAACUUCAAAUGACAUCACUGGUGAACAUACUUGUAUUAUGUUGAGAGAAUUAAAUAAUGAACAAAAUAAUACAAUUUGUAAAGAUGGUUGGUUACAAUCAUUCCAUCAAGAUUUCAAAAAAAGAUUUAUAAAUUUAUUAGGUUAUGAAUUUAGAAAUUUUAAUUCAUCAAUUGCUUUAAAUAUUUUAUAUGAAAAGAAAGUUAAUAAUACAGUAGCAGUAGCAUCGUCAACAACAAAGAAUGAAUUAACACAAAAUGAAAUGGAAUUAUUAUUUUCAUCAUAUGAUUUAAAACGUUUAGAAUCAUAUAGUAAUAAUAUAGUUGAUUAUCAUGUUGUAAUUGAUUUAUUACCAUCAUUAUCAAAAUUAUAUUUUACAAAUAAAUUAAAGAUUGAAGAUAUUUCAUUGAUUCAAUCAGCAAUUUUAUUAGCAUUAGGUCUUCAACAUAAAACUGUUGAUAAUUUAAUUGGUGAAUUAAAUUUAGCUUCAAAUCAAGUUUUAUCAUUAUUCAAUCAAACUAUGCGUAAAAUUAAUACAGAGUUAAAACAAAAACAAGAGAAAUUCAUUCAAGAUUCAAUGCCAAAAUUAUCAAUUGUGGCUCCAAGAACUGGUCAAUUCAAAUCAUUUAAAGGUGAUAUCAAAGAGACUGAUAUGAUUCCAUUGGCUGAAGAUAUGGAAAGUGAAUUGGAAAAAGGUGCUGAAGAAGUUGUAAACAAAUUAAAACAUCAAUUAGAAAAUGAUUCUUCACUUUCAAAAUAUUUAGUUAAAGGAAAUGAUGAAGAUUGGUCAAAAGCUUUAAAACCUGGUUCAAUUCCAAAUUCAAUUACAAUUAAACGUAAAUCUGAUGAAAAUGAAGAAACUGAUAAAAAAGAAAAUAAUAAAAAAUCAAAAACAAAGAAUAAUAAUAAUAAUAAUAAUAAUAAUAAAAAGGUUAAUAAUCAAAAAUCAAAAAAAUAA